GAAAGUUAAGGACAAAUAGAAAAGUAAGAGAGACCGAAGAAAGCAAAGACUUUAGGACGCUAGAAAAGGACAAGAAGAGGCGAAACAAAAUAGGAGAAGAGCCGGUGAGAGCUAGGAAGGUUAAGUAGAAUCAGGAAAGGGUAGAGAUACUGAGGAAGGGUUAAAAUGGCUCGAGAUACCAAAAAGAGUAGAAAUGAAUGGUAAAAAGUGUCAGGAGCCAAGGAAAGGUAAGGGGAACCAAGGAAAGGCAAAAAAUCAGAAAAGGAUAAGACUAAUUAAAAAAAGACGAAAAGGUGGCACAAAGAGGUAGGGUGAGUAGAAAGAAACGGAAUUGCAUGACUACAUCGACAUCCUGGACCAGUCGCUAAGAUGAUCAAAAGCCACAGACUGUGCCGGAUUAUCCUAGGCUACGCGCACCAAGAGAAUAAUUAUGGGCUUGCGCAGAUCGUUCACCGGGGGUGGGGGUAGGUGGCUAAGGAGAAAUAAAGCCUCGAGCCCAGGCGGUGAAUGCGGCCACGGAUUGCGAAAUUUCCCCGGCCCGUUUCGUCCUCCCGGUUAAUCGUAGGACCUCCAUCCGAGUCAACCUGCUCUCUUGUCCUUCCUGUUUACGGAUGUGUGUGUGUUGAGAUAUUUUUUUCUGGGACUUGGUGUUUUUCAGGACACGUUGGAAUAUUGGCAGCUGCUCGCGACGUUUUCCUGGAUGCUGAGGCAUGCGCCCUAAAAACUCUGGAAUUGAUGUAUUGCAGAGCGCAGAUCUGCAUUUAUUACCUGCUGUGGACAGCGACGCUUACCUUAGAACAGGAAACCAGUACCGCGAAAAAUUGGGGCUGCCCUGCAGAAUGCAUUUGCCUAUCUCCGAAGCAGGUUCUCUGCAAUACAGGUGGGUUAAAAGACAUUCCUACUCAGCAGCUACCACAAACAGUGGAGGAGCUCUCCCUGACAAAGAACAACUUCCCGGUAAUAAAAGGCGACGCAUUCGCCGGCUUGAGAGUGCUGCGAAAGCUGACGAUGGAUGGUAACAACAUCUCAACCAUACGACCAUUCGCAUUUCGAGGUUUGAGCAAGUUACGUGAACUCUCCAUUCAACAUACACCUCUACCAUUCAUCGAGAAAUUCUCUUUCGCCGCUCUACAAAACGUAUCAUUAUUAUUAUUGGCGAACAACAAGAUACGAUACAUCGAAGGCUACUCAUUCGCCGGCACCUCCAAUGUCCGUUUAAUUCUAUUGAGCAAUAACCCGUUGCUCAGAAUUCAAAGCCACGCGUUUUCAGGCUUGACGAACGUGGUUCGCCUGAUAUUCCCAUCAGGAAUAAGAACGAUCGAGCCGGACGCAUUCGAUGGCCUCCAGUAUAUUGGUCUCCUAAAGUUGACCUACAUGGACCUGUCUUCCCUUCAAUCUUACACAUUCCGUGGCUUGUCCUAUGUACAAUCGUUGAACAUUCAGGAAAGCGAUUUGGGCAUCGUCGAGAAGGAUGCCUUCACUGGGCUCACCCACGUUGAUCGACUGAAUAUCGUAAAUAACAAGAUCGAUCUGAUCGAGAAAUUGUUUCUAAGGUAUGAGAACAAUAUAGAUAUGUUAAGAUUUCAUGGGAAUCACGUAUUGGAGGCGCCUCGACAUGUCAAAGACAUCAACCUGGAAGUGAAUUCUAUCAGCGCCAUUGAUAACCACUUUCCCUGCGACUGUCAGGCUCACAAUGUAUUGGACAGCGAUUUUGUCAAUGGCACUGUUAGCGAAUUUCAAAAGAGAAAUUAUUGUAUCUCGCCAAUCGAAUACAACGGGAAACACAUGGACCUAGUAGACUUCGGACUAGUCGCCAGAUGCUACGACAACGUCGUGCAGGACAACUUGGGCUCCGGCGUCGUUGGGAUCUUCACGCUGCCAACCACUCUGUUCCUCAUUCUUCUGUUCCCCAUGAAUUUAUUCCAGUGAACCCAGGUCUGCUUCAUAAGGGUUAGACAAGAGAAUUUUCGAAAGUAACGUAUACCAAACUUUUCCUAUAAUUCUUUCUCAUUUAAAUAUUUAUGUAUUUAUACACAUAAUAGAUCGUUUCAUAUAAUACAGAUAACCUACAAACUGAUACAUUUUUUUGAUCUUAUUUCACAUAAAACAUCGAGAUAGAUCUACACCAGUUGCAGAUCCGAUAGAGGUUUAAAUAUCAUUGCGGCUCCAUUUCGUGAAGUCACUAUCAAGGAAAUUUUUCUAUCGUUCGAUUAUUAUAACUCGUACAAUCUUAAGCAUGCGACUAUGAGCUUUAACUGGCCCAUGUAACUGGGCUGGCGAAACCGCAUCCAUUUGGAUUUAUUCCGUAAACUAAAGGUGAUUCCGAGUAAGUGACUUGUUCACGUUUAUCACGUCAUAUUAUGUUAACCCUUUGUUUUAUAUAAGCUUUCUUUCAAUUAUUUUUAACCCAUUCGAGGCCAAAAUCUUAUUAAAAGAGAAUUUCCAAGAACUAGCAGGACCAGCUUUUGAAGUUCCUACUAAAUUCCUUUUUAUCUCAGAAUUUAAACCAAUAUCUAUUUCAAUGCUUACACAAUUUUCCCACCAUCUGAUUUCUGUAGAAAAUUAUUUUACUAGCAUCUUCUUGAGACUGGUAUCAAGACCCACAAGAUGCGUCCGCCUCGAAUGUGUUAAUUAUUUAAGAAAUUUGAUUGAAUGCCUUAAUAUAAAUAAUAUGUACUGCCACGACUUUUUAAUGUACCUUUGAAUGUAUGAAGCAAAGAGUUAACAACCAGAGUUGAAUAGAUAAUUUACGUCGAUGAUAAUGAAAGUACAUAGGGAGUAAGGAUAUAAUAAGGUGAACUUAUGUAAGAAACCUUUGGUGAAAGAGUCAAGUUUUUCCGUAACCCAAGGGAAAUAAAUAGCGCUACUCGUGUUUUG